UGAUGUGUUACUUCUGUAUGGAUAGACCCUUCACUGCAGAUUAAAAUUAAUGUUUAAUUCCACUUAAAACUUAACUUUAAAAAUAGUGAUGUACAGAAGCCGUAGAUGUUAAACAGGACAGAGUCUCAAGAAAAAACACCUUGUGAAGAAAAACCAGCACCAGUACAAGAAGAAGGUACCUCUGGAGAUGGCGCCCAAAGGUAAAGUUGGGACAAAAGGCAAGAAACAAAUCUACGAGGAGAAUAUAGCCACACUGAAAUUCUACACGAGAGUUAUCCUAGGAGCAAAUGCUAUCUAUGCAGCAGUAAACCUCCUACUCUUCUACAGUUCCUCCACAUUUUGGACAUGGCUGUUGCUAGUUUUUGCACUUAUGGUCUAUGCUGGAAGCUAUAGGUCCAUGUCAGCCAUGGCCAAACCAGCAUUUGCUGAAGAUGGUAGUUUGUUGGACGGAGGAAUAGACCUCAAUAUGGAACAAGGAAUGGCAGAGCAUCUCAAAGAUGUGAUCUUGCUCACUGCCAUAGUUCAGGUCCUCAGUACUCUUUCAUCUUACUUUUGGUACCUUUGGCUUCUGGCUCCUGCACGUGCUUUACAGUUGCUCUGGGUUAACUUCCUGGGUCCGUGGUUUUCUGCUGAGUCGGCAGCAGCCCCCGAGGAAGUCAAUGAGAAAAAACAGAGACGACAAGAAAGAAGGCAGAUGAAGAAAUUCUAACCCAGUUCUACUGUUUUAUUUUUAUAAUACCAAUGUACAGUCAAUCAGAAUUCUCAGUAUAAGUUAUUCAGAGAAAAUAUUAAAGUGUGAUAAGUUGAGAUUCAAUGGAUGGACAGUACAGGUUACUCCGCUCUCCAUCUGAAAUCCCCACAUGCUGCCUCCCUUUUCUCCUUUUCUCUCUCACUCAACCCCAUUUCAUUCAUAUUCCUCUUCUCACAUAUGUGCUUUCUGAACUGCUAGUCAAGGUGUCAGCCAGUCAUGUUUAUAUGUGCUGACAAACGAGUAAACAUGGUUUUAUUGUCGGCAGACUGCCUCAUCAUGAAGUUACACACACAGGCAGGCUUUGUCCUUCUGUGGUGUGCUCCUCUUUUCACCCUUUCACCUUAUCUUUCUGUCAUUUUGAAGCACAUACAUCAGGAGCUCUGAAAGGAGCAUAUUUACCAGGCUCAGUAGGUUCUCUGUAUGCACGACCUCUUUGCUGUUUGAUUGAUUAAAAAUGUUUAAACAACAUUUUCAUUGAAUUUCCCAUUUUCAGUUAUGUUUUCUCCCAAAAGUAUGUACGUAUGCUUUUUUGAGAUAAGAAAAAACUGUAAAUGUUAGACACUGUAAUUAUGUUUAAUCUCAAAACGGCAAUAAAAUGGUUUAUAUUUUGA